AUGGACAGUACAUAACAACUUGCAUAUAUAAUCAAACUGAGUUAGUAGAGUUUCAUGCAUUGUUUCACAUUCCAAACAAUAAUCUCUUCUCUUCUCUUCUCCCACUCACUCUUUUCCAUUAUUCAUCUCUAAUUUAUAUCAUGGACUACCUCUUUCCAUCAAUCUUAUUCCUUCUCACAUUACUUCUUAUAAUCAUCCCAUUGAUUAUGAAGACAUCAUCAUCAAAAACCAAUCAUGAUAAAGCUAUUGUAACAAGCAAUGUUUCCUCAACACCAAAGUUACCACCAGGGCCAAUGAAGCUACCUCUCAUUGGAAAUCUACACAACCUUAUAGGCUCUUCUCUCCCUCAUCGCCGGUUGAGGGAUUUGGCUAAGCAAUAUGGACCAUUGAUGCACCUUCAACUCGGUGAAGUUCCUCACAUUGUUGUUUCUUCACCUGAGAUUGCGAAAGAGAUGAUGAAAACUCAUGAUGUCAACUUUUCUGAAAGGCCUUUUCUCCUCAUUGCUGGUAAGUAUUAUGGUAUUGAUAUUGUUUUUGCACAUUACGGUGAUUAUUGGAGACAAAUAAGGAAGAUUUGCUUAGAACAGUUUUUAAGCCCUAGACGAGUACAAUCUUUUCGAACCAUUCGAGAAGAAGAAGUGUUUGAUUUCAUUCAAUAUGUGCAUUCAAAAGAAGGAGAGUCUUUCAAUCUUAGUGUAAAAAUAUUCUCACUCACAUAUAGCAUCACUGCAAGGGCAGCCUUUGGUAAGAAAUGUAAAGACCAAAGAGCCUUUAUAUCGACUGUUGAAGAAGUUCUAAAGAUUGCUGCCGGUUUUAGUGUCACCGAAGCAUUCCCUUCACAAAAGUGGUUGCAUUGGAUUAGUCGCUCGGGCCAUAAUAUGGAAAAGAAGGUCAAAAUAAUAGAAGCAACUCUUGAUAACAUUGUAAAUGAGCAUAAAAAGGAUAGUAAACAAGAGAAUAUUAAUCAUUUGACCGAAAAUAACAAGUGUUUGUUGGAUGUUCUUUUGGAUCUUCAAGGUAGUAAUGAGCUAACAAUUCCACUAGAGCCUUUAAACAUCACAGCAAUCAUCUUGGACAUGUUCAUUGGAGGAAGUGAAACAUCAUCUACAGUUGUAGAGUGGGCAAUGUUAGAGUUGUUGAAAAAUCCGACAUCAAUGGCAAAGGCGCAAGCCGAGGUUAGACAAGUGUUUGGGAAAAAUAAUAAUGUUGAUGAAACAAAGCUUCAUGAGCUUAAAUUCAUAAAGAUGGUUAUCAAAGAAAUCAUGAGAUUACAUCCUCCUGGGCCUUUGUUAAUCCCAAGAGAAUCUAAAGAAAGUUGUGUCAUGAAUGGCUAUUACAUACCAGCAAAAACUAAAGUACUUGUUAAUGCAUGGGCAAUAGGAAGGGAUCCAAAGUACUGGAGAGAAGCUGAGAAGUUUUACCCUGAAAGAUUUAUUAAUAGUUCAAUUGAUUUUAAAGGGAAUAACUUUGAACUCAUUCCAUUUGGUGCUGGUCGAAGAAUAUGUCCUGGUAUAUCAUUUGCCAUAGCAGAUAUUGAGUUUCCUUUAGCACAAUUAUUAUACCAUUUUGAUUGGAAACUUCCUAAUGGAAUAACUCAUGAAAAUCUUGACAUGACUGAGGUUUUUGGCAUGACUGUUAGAAGAAAAGGGGAUCUCUUUGUAAUCCCAAUUCCUAGAAAUAAUCCUUUGGUUAUUGGAUAAAAACACAUGGAGAUACCUAGAAACUUUCUUCUACUAUGCACUACUUUCACUUAUGAUCUAAAUUUGCCAUAUGUUCUUAAUUUCUUAAUUUUAUCUAUAUUUUAUGUAUUUCUUUUAUCAGGUUUUAUGACUAGCUACUUGAAAUAAAUAAAUAUGUCACUAUAUUGAGUACUACUAGUUUUAGUUAUGACACCAGGCAUGAUCCGAUGAUCAGGUUUAAUAAAAUGUAUAGGAUUGCUCAAAAUUUUUUUCUUUUAAGAAAAACUGAAUAAUUUAGGAUGCUAAGGUUUCAACCUACGUACAAUCAAGGUAAAUGUUGUUGGGUUUUAUGCCCUAAAUAAAACUCAUUUCAAUAUAA